UACGAACCUUCAAUCUAGUUAGAGUCUGAGGGAGACCGAGUCUGGCUGAAUAUAGUGAAAGUCCCCCGUUAGCCUCUUGUCAAGCGGUCACCAUGUCUGGAAGAUCGGAGAACACCUCGUCGGUGGGCAGCGAUCCAGCAAGACCUCCGUUGAUGGACAGUCCUAUCAAGAGGAACUUUGACAGCAACAUCACCCCGUCGUCCACGCCUCCCCCCCUUCCUCCCAAAGACGCUGGUACCUUGCCUUCCCCUCUAGUCAAAGCGUUCCAGGACGAGAACACCGCUAUACUGCCGGUCUCCAAGCCUGCCAAUGUCUAUCAGCAUGGCAGUAUCGGGAGGAACACUCAACGGUUGAAGAAGCUGCCUUCCUUGCACGAGAUCGGCAAGGUGUACAUCGAGAACGGGGGCUCGCCCGUGAGCAGAUUCAACCCGACAUUUCAAUCACCAUCCGGCACUCUCUCUUCGAAGAAACCUACUCUGGAUAGACUUUUACCGGUAGCUUCAACCCCCUCCCAAUCGAACCACAAAGAGGCCGACAAGCUGUCCAAGACUCUCAGCCCAUACACCGCCGACCUUUCCGCAGAGAGUCCGAGCAGACUGAAGCUCCCUUUGUCAGCCUUGACCAGGGUGGAUACCUUUGCGGUAUCCGACAAUACUGCGAAAGGAGGUAUGACGAAGACGACUCCCAAUAACGGAGCAAAGGAAAUCGCUGUGCCUGCUCCUAGAGCUGUGAGGCAAACCAUCCAGAUCCCCACGAUCGAUCCGAGCAAGGACGAAACUACCCCUCAUAUCAGCGCUUCCAUGUCUUCGGCUCUCCCCACUCCCCUCAUCACCCCACAAGACGGCAAGAACCUCGGCGUUCCCGAUCAGGUCAAGAUUAUCAAUCGGCUUGGCCCCGGCGAAUCGGUCUCACCCGCCGAUGUGCCUGGAGGAAACUACGUCAAGGGGUACAAGAACGUUCCUAGCUGGAGAGAGGUUGUUGAUAUCAGAAGGGCACAGCAGAGUGGCGAGAAGAGGGCGAAGACCAUGGAAACUCCAGCUCUUGCUCAGACCCCUCAAGCGACUUCGGGCGUAGCCGCUUUGCCUGAGCGAGACGUGAAACACGGAUUACAUCCGCUUCAACAUACCUGGACGCUCUAUCAUGACACAGGCAGACCGAUCACCGACCAAGACAUGUUUGUCUCCCAGAGCGGUACGACCUUGUCGAUGAAGCUAGGGAGGACGAUUGGGGACGAGAAGAAAAACAAGAUCGAGAUGGAGUUCGAAUCGAGGUUAUUGAUCCUGGGAGACUUUCGUACGGUUGAGGACUUCGGCAAGACGUUCGGUCAAACACCAGAUCAGAAGCGCAAUUACCCCUCACAAAUGAACUCCGGAAGCAACCUACAUCUCUUCAAAGACGGUAUUCGACCCAUGUACGAGGACCCAGCCAACAAGCAAGGUGGUCGGUGGACGUUGGUCUUACAGAAUCUCCCAGGACUAUUGGAUCGCGUUUGGCAAAAUCUAGUCUGCGGAAUGAUCGGAGAACAGAUCGACGAGGGAGACGAUAUCUGCGGGGCGGUCAUCUCGAUCAGGCCCAAAGUGCAGAGGAUUCAGGUCUGGGUGAGGAACAAGAACAACUUCGAUACAGUCGAACAGAUCGGUCAGACGCUGCUGCGAGUACUGGACAUUGCCGAACCCAAUGUCGUUACCUCGUUCGAGUUUGCGGGCAACUUGGGUCCGCCUGCUUCCGAUCGUCCUCAUCUGCAGAUCGGCAAGGUGAUCAAGAACGGUCCGAGGCUGGCGCAACCGCAUGGACCACCCGGAGGAUUUGGAGCGGCCUCUCGCGCAUCUUCGCUGAUGGGUAGUGCACCCUCGAGCCGCCGCAAUUCGCCUACUCAGAGCGGUUUCGUGAACCCUUUCGCCGGACCACUCGGAAUGCCCCAGCCUGGAUCGCCCAGGACGAGCUCGCUGAGGUCGGGACGCUCCGGUGGCACCGGAUGAGAGCAGCUUCUUCAUAGUCUCACAUGCUUGAUUACAUGUAUCGUCUGUGUAUAGUCAUCGA